AUGAAUCCUUCAGAUCUUGCAAUUACUACACUUACGCCGCACUCUGUCCAAAAGCCGCUGAAGAAGGGCAAUUGGCUGCCCGCAGAGGAUGAGCAGCUCCGGGAGGGGGUGGCCAAAUAUGGCACGCGCUGGGUCCUCGUUGCAGGAGAAGUCGGUACUCGUAACGGAGACCAAUGUGCAAAGCGAUGGAAGGACAAGCUCAGCCCGGAUAUAGACCACAGUCCAUGGACGCGAGAAGAGGAGAACCAACUGCUGGAACUGGUUGACCGGUACGGUCGCAAUUGGAAAUUCAUGGCCGACAUUUAUCUGGAAGCACGCGCGCCAUUGGCGCUGAAAAACCGGCACGCGUUGCUGAUGCGGCGGCUCAAACGACAAGGAUCGGGGUCCACCGAGUCCAACGGCAACCCCGAGAUCCCCGCUGCCCUGGUCUUUCCAUUACACGACACGGCCCCCCAAACCAUCAACGACAUAGUUGAAUCUGCCAAUGCCUUGAUGGAUGGAAGUGCCAGCGACUUGGUCAUCAGCACGUCGCCCCGGAUCUCGGCGCAUUCGACGAUUUCUUUCCGAAACGGGCUGGGUUCCUCGGUGGAAACAAUUACGGCCGAUUUCCCACAGGAAGAGAAUCUGGGGCCUGCGCAGGCAACGUGCAAAGGCACGGCUAUUGCUUGGGACGGCGAGAAUGUCGAUUGGCAGCAGCUGAUUUUGGACAGCAUGAUGGAUGUAGAUGGAGUGUCCGAUCCAACCAUGACCAAUCCCUGGGAGGUAACUGAUACCUCCAAAAUGGCUGUCGUCGCAAGCGAUGCUCCACGUCCCUCGUCUUGGAGUGACUCGAGCGAUAGCAGCAACAGCACUGCAUUAAGGAGUCAAACAGGCUCAAGGUCCUCUGACAGCAGGAGCAGCAUCACUGGCUCCAAGGUCAAAUUCUCCGUCACAUGCCAGCGAGGCAAACUGAAAUCAGUUGUCAAGCACAUGGUGGACGCAGCCAUGGCUGAAAGUGCAGACUUGGCGACAGAACAAGACCAGGUUACGUUGACCUUGCAGUUGAAAGGUUGA